UGAUCCAAUUGCUGGAUGUAAGAUCGUUGAGUGGGUCGGAUCCUUAAACCCUCGGAUCCGACGUUGUCCCCAAAAAUUCAGGUGAACCCUUAAACCCCAAUCUGUCACCUGAAGAAGAAGAAGAAGAAGAUAACAAUGGUGAACAAAGCUUGGAAGGUAAUUCCAAGGCCGCUGCUCGAGACCGUCCUCAACAACCAUGUCCAACGUCACCGUGUUUCUCAGCCGCUCAUUCUCCAUGGUCCUCGCGGCGUCGGCAAAACCACUCUGAUCCUUAAUCGUCUUAUAGGAGAAUGGAACAAAGGGCCUCAUCUCGCAGGCUAUGUCGAUUUCGCACAGUCGGUGAAGGACCACCAUCCCGAUCACCACCAGUCAUUUCCAUGGGCGUCUUGGACUAACUGUGACCCGCCAUUGUUGUCCGAUUGCAAAACCCAGCUCGAGAGUUGUCUCGAAUCUAUGAGCCAUAAGGCUAUCAAGCUCGGGACCAUAAGCUCGCACCAGAUUUUCACUACCCUUAACAAAUGGCACGGUCUUAAUGCCUCACUUCGCCGCAUACUCCAGGGAUUGAACUCUGCCGUUCCCAAUAAGGCCUCCAUCUCCGUUCUAUGGGAACGGGCGGUUUAUGCGCUUUCUGUUCGACAAAAUGCCGCUGAGAUUGAUGGGUUGCUCGAGUUGAAAGGGAAAGACAAGAGCUUGUCCGUGGAAGAGGCUUCAUAUUACCGGGAGGCCGUUGUAGCCUUGAGAUUGGCCAAGGAGGUGAUUGGGGUGCAUCAUGGUUGGAAAGCCAAUUCCAUCGCCCAUAUGAAUCAAACCAGUGGAUUUUCCAGAACGUUAGCAAAUUCAUGCACUGACUGGCCGUUGUUGCUGCUCGAAUUGUUGUCACAAGCUGCGGAGAUUGGUUACUUCCAGCCUAAGCUGAUUAUAAACAACAUCGAAGUCCUAAAGAAUGGUAUUCGGACAGAUGAUUCAACAAUCUCUGCGCCAAUGUAUCAUGACAGCCUUGUAUGGAGAAUAAUUUCUCUAGGUGUGAAUGAGCGCUGUCUUCCCAUCGUAUUCGUGACUUCAGAUAGCUACUAUUCAUAUCAAGCCUUUGUUGACUUCGGGUUUCCAGACAUUUUCAUCUCUCGAGAGACAUUUGGAUGGACCCCUCAAGAAGCCAAAUUGCACAUGGUUCCCGAUUACUUCAGUGCUUUGGAGUGGACUGUGAUUGCUGAUGUUCUUGGGGCCAAUGCUCGGCAUCUAUUUGAGCUUUAUGCCCUCAAGCAAAGUAAUGAUUACCAAAGUUUGAUGGGGGAGAAGGCGGGCACAUUCGAAGAUAUUGUGGACGCAUACUUAGCAUAUUUACAAGUUGAUGUGGUUAAUCCUGCCAUGGACAAAGCCUUAUUGCUGCUUCAAAAAUAUGAUGCUGACGCGCGGAAAGGAAGAAUUCCUGAAGAAAAAUUACGCUUUGGUGCUCCGUGGAGGCAUCCCCCACGUACUGAGGAUUCUACUUUAUGCUUGGAAUGGGCUAAAAUUCAACUGGUGGAUUUUGUCCAAGCUCUUGUCAAUACCGACUUUGGGGUAAAUUAUCUUGCAGACUAUAGUCUUGAGAUCUUUGAAGAUCCUUCUGCAAUGGCAUUGGUGGAGGUCGGGAUAUUGUAUGCUCAGAGAGAUCCGUCCUUUUUCCGUCCUAUAUCCAAAGGCAUUCAGAGGUGUCUUGUGAGAUGGCUUGUCCAAGAGAAGAUUAAACUGAGUUAUCGGAGCUCGUUCAAAUAUUGGUGGCAUAGAAUCAUCCGUGGGCGUUACUACCGCCAUUUGAUGCUUGGCUACAAAACAUAAAACAAUCAGAACACACUCAGAUCUUGUGUUCCUGCUUCUCAGAAUCGUUAUCUGGCAGCAUUUCAAGGGAGGAACGACGUCAGGCUUCGCCGAGAAUUGCAUGUUAAAUUUCAGAAGCAGGCGGAUGAAUCAUCGUAUUUCUCGUGGCGUAUAUCCGAUACAGUUUUUAUCUAUCGAAUAAGAAACAGAGGAGAUCUGAACGACAACUUCGUCUUGGAAGAUACAUGAGAGGGCAAAAGCUUCUGCAGAUGGUCAAUGAGUGUAUGGAUACGGCAGAGUACUUUGAAAGGAGAAAAAAAAAUAGUGAUUUAUUAUUACUGUUAUUUUCAUUUUUAUUUUUUGGACCAACGGAUAGUUUUUCUGGGUGAAAAUGAAAAUAUUUUCACAUUCGGUUCUGUAAUCCAAGUUAUAUCGAAAUCUAAACUGCAACAUGUUUUAUUUA